GGGAGGCCCGCAGCCCCACCGGCCGCCUGCGGACGCCGGGAGGCCCGGGGCGGGCGCAGGGCUCCUGUCACGUGACCGGCGGCUCGGCCGAGGUGUGCGCCUGCGCGGGGGCUGCCGGCGCUCCGGGCCGCUCGCUGGGCGUCCUGCGCGGCUCCGGGCCUGGGCGCCCGCGGCGAUGGGAAACCCAGUUAUUGCAGCGGACUGCCAAAGACAGAGUCCAGCCAACCCAGGAACCAUGGCAGAGGUCAGGAAAGCCAACAGAAGUCUCUGUGGCUUCCAAGCAGCAGGCUCAGGUGGGGUGACAGAUUAAAAAAAAAAGUCCUUCAUGAGAAAUGACUUGGAGCAACAUGAUGGAUUCUGAAGCUCAUGAGAAGAGGCCGCCCAUCCUGGCGUCCCCGAAGCAGGACCUGGCGCCCCACAUCGCCAACGUGGGCGACAUGAGGCACUACCUGUGCGGCUGCUGCGCAGCCUUUAACAACGUGGCCAUCACCUUCCCCAUCCAGAAGGUCCUCUUCCGGCAGCAGCUCUACGGCAUCAGGACACGCGAUGCUGUGCUGCAGCUGCGCAGGGAUGGGCUGCGGAACCUGUACCGCGGCAUCCUGCCGCCGCUGCUGCAGAAGACCACCACGCUGGCGCUCAUGUUCGGCCUGUACGAGGACCUGUCCUGCCUGCUGGGCAAGCACGUGAGCGCGCCCACAUUCGCAACCCGCGGCGUGGCAGCCGUGCUGGCAGGCACGACGGAGGCCAUCUUCACACCACUGGAGAGAGUACAGACGCUGCUGCAAGACCACCGGCACCACGACAAGUUUACCAACACCUACCAAGCCUUCCGGGCGCUGCGGCCCCAUGGCAUUGGUGAGUACUACCGGGGCCUUGUGCCCAUCCUCUUCCGGAAUGGAUUCAGCAAUGUCCUUUUUUUUGGCCUGCGGGGUCCCAUCAAGGAGUACUUGCCCACCGCCACAAGUCACAGUGCCCAUCUGGUCAACGACUUCAUCUGUGGGGGCCUCCUGGGUGCCAUGCUAGGCUUCUUGUUCUUCCCAAUUAAUGUCGUGAAAACUCGCAUCCAGUCCCAGAUCGGAGGGGACUUCCAGUCUUUCCCCAAGGUCUUCAAAACCAUCUGGCUGGAACGGGACCGGAAGCUGAUAAACCUCUUCAGAGGCGCCCAUCUGAACUACCACCGCUCCCUCAUCUCAUGGGGCAUCAUCAAUGCAACGUACGAGUUCCUGCUAAAGGUCAUAUGAGAAGGGCUUUCCCACCAGGGAGGUGCCGUCAUCAGCUGCGUAGACCCAGCAAGAAGGCCACCAGGCCGCAUUUCCACUUGGCCCAAAUACCGAUUGGCAUCCUAGGUCUAGGCCACAGUGGGUUAUGGAUGAAACUGUUUUCCUUCAGCCAUCAACAGAAAGAGAACUCAAGGUUCCAGUAGGAAGCUAGAAGGGGCUGGUUUUGUCUGUCCUCUGCAGGAGCGUUUCGCUGCCAGCCUGGCGACAGCUGUACGUCCAGACAGGAAUCCUUGGUAGCCAUACCAUGGGCUUUUCCCCAUCACAGUCCCUGAGCCUUUGGAAUUCAGCCUACAUGGCCAGGACUGGUCCAGGGCUCACGGGGUGCCAGGACUUCUUUCAUUUCUCGAAUCCCUGCCCUCAGGGGCAGAGGAAAAGGGUUGUUGAUCUUUGUGAACUCAACACAUACACUUGGUGUGGAACAGAGGGGCAGGCCAGAGGUGGGACCAGCUCUAGGGUACAAACUGUCACAAGGAAGUGUGCAUUCAGUUGUGACACCGCACCAAGUCAGCAUCACCGUCACGUCAUGCACCUGUUUCUGCGUGGAGAGGGCUGAGUCGAGCAGCUGGUAGAAAUCGCUGUUUGUUUUUCAACUUCGUAGGUUUUCUGUUUCGUUUGGAACAUGGCCUAAGCCCUUCCAAAGCCUUGUGGUUGUU